GCCCCAUCAUUGGGGUUGGGGGGAGGAAUAGUGCCCCAUCGUUGGUGUCUGUGGGGGGGGAGGAAUAGUGCCCCAUCGUUGGUGUCUGUGGGGGGGAGGAAUAGUGCCCCAUCGUUGGUGUCAGUGGGGGGGAGGAAUAGUGCCCCAUCGUUGGUGUCAGUGGGGGGGAGGAAUAGUGUCCCAUCGUUGGUGUCAGUGGGGGGGAGGAAUAGUGCCCCAUCAUUGGUGUCAGUGCGGGGGGGGGAGGAAAUAGUGCCCCUUCAUUGGUGUCAGUGGGAGAAAUAGUGCCCCAUUGUUGGUAUUAGUCACACAAAUGAUGGGGCACUAUUCCUCCCACUGACACCAAUGAUAC